GAAACCUAACCUUGUGGUUCCUCCCUUCUUCUUCUUUAACCUUCCCACCACAACCUCCACCACGGCUUUGGACGACGGAACAUGACGCACAUUGCAAAAACACUGGUUAAUGUCUGAUACAUAUACCUCUGUGGUGUCGAGUGUAAAACCAGUGGAGCAAUGAAUGGCGGAAAGGACUGUGAGGCGGGAGAUGAGCGGCAGGCCGUCCCUGUCCAGGUCCCCAUUGGCUGGCAGCGCAAGGCGGAGCAUGGCAGCGGUGUCGCGUAUGUAAGUCCCAGUGGCUCGGUGCUGUCCAGCUUGGAGCAGGUGAAGAGCUACCUGCUGACAGAUGGAACCUGCAAAUGCGGCCUGGAGUGCCCGCUCAUCCUCCACAAGGUGUUCAACUUCGACCCUGGGGCAGCUGUCAAGCAGAGGACAGCUGAGGAUGUGAAGGCAGAUGAAGACGUGACCAAACUCUGUAUUCACAAGAGGAAGCUUUUAGCUGUGGCCACGUUGCACAAGAGCAUGGAGACACACCCGCCUCUGACACUGACCAGUCCAGGAGGAGGUACGUCGUCAGUGGUUGCUGUGCAUUCCACAACUCAACGAGCAAUAAGGACUAAACCCCAUGAUGGCCCACCCAAUGCCAUUGGCCCUGACUGCAAGCAUACGUUCAAGAUGAUGAUGGCAGCUGGACAACAGCAGCAGAGGUUGUAUCCACACCAGGAAGUGGGUGGAGCCCAGCAGCCUGAGCUCUACUCUGGAUACUCCAGGGGACAGAGGCUGGGCAGUGGGGAGCCUGGCCCUAAAUCCCCUUAUCGGGCUGGGUAUGGAGGCAUGUUAAGCCCACCUCCCUCCAGUGCUAAAUUAUAUGGAGAUGGUUCGCAGUCUCCUGUUGCAGAUACUCUGGGUAGCCCUGAGGGCUUUCCAAGGACCAAUCCUUGUGGGUUUCCAGGAGCUGGUAGCCCUGGCUCAGCUGCCAUCCAUGGGAACACAAGGACACCUCUUUCCCCACCCACUGUAAUGCUCCACGCCUCUCCUGCAGGACAGCCAUCCUGCGCAAUGACAGGAAGGACUAGCACACCUCUCUCCCCUACCGCCACUGCCAAAAGCCCUGUCAUGAACAUGGCCAUGCCACGGGGAAACUUUCCCCCUGGUAUGGAUAUUCCCCGUGCAGCAUUUCACCAUAAAACACAGCCUCCCGUGCAUCCUGUACCACCCCCUCCAUCCAUACCACCACCCUGUGCUCUUCAGAAAAGGCAGUUAACCUCUGAAAAGGACCCCUUAGGCAUUUUAGACCCCAUCCCCAGCAAGCCAGUCAGUCAGCCCCCUGCCAAUGCCCCCAACCCGUCUAACUUCCAGCCUAACAUACACUCUCAGGUACCAAUGAUGAAUGUAAACAUACCCCCUCCUGCCAUCGUUCCCUUGCCAAGCAAUUUACCUUUACCCACAGUGAAGCCUGGGCCUGUGGGGCAUGGUGGGCAUGUGCAAAGGACUCAGCAGGGUGGUCCAGCUUCCUCCAUGUCUCCUUCUCCUGUCACAUCCCCUGUCCACAUGACUGGGCCUGCACUUGGGAGGAUGGAGGUGUCACCUCAUCGCUCACGUUCAUCCUCCACCUCCUCAGACCAUGGAAACUUUGCAAUGCCCUCCGGGCACCAAGCCCCAUGUGGCACCAUGAAGGUCCCCCCUCGUUCACCCCGGUCAACUAUGGGGUCUCCCAGGCCAGCCAUGCCCUCAAGCCCCUCCACCAACAAAAAUGACGCACUCCACCAGUACAAAGACUCCCAGCUGCUGCCCGGGAUGGCAAACUCUGUUGGCACCCAUCAGCACACCAAUUCCAUGUAUUCGCCCACUUCCUCGUCAUCGUCCUCUCUGGCAACCCCUAGCGCUUCCCAGAAGGGCCACCCUGGCCUCCUUGGAAUGCCCCUCAACCAGAUCCUCAACCCCCCUAGCGCCUACGGGGACACGCACGGCGGCGUGCCUGGUAUCCACGCGUUCGUCCGGGUCUCCCCUACGCUACGGGAAGGCAGGGCGUGCGUACCCCCAGGCGGUGACCCCGAAAUAAAUCCUCAAAGAGGGGAACGCAAGCGCAGUUGCGCGCUGCGUCCACCGGAGGGCGGGAUUCCCAACACCCAUUCAGCCCGGAAAGGCGUGACCUCAGUUUGCACCGACCCGAGUUUGGGGUCUCUAGCCCCUUCCCGGGCCGCGUACGGCCCCAAAAGGGAGCUUGACCUCUCUGACCCACAGUUUAACAUGGAGGCCGGGUCCGGGACCCGUUCGGGGGCCGCGUGGUACUCCGACACAGAAGCGACCGUAGUCGUCUAUGGGGUUUUCAUGGAGCGCUUUCGGGGGUCCUGCGCGGCCCCCGAGGUACGCCCCAACACUAACCCCCCACCACUGUCACAUCCUGGCCCUCACCCAUCACAGCUUCAUUGUAUGGGACGGACUAACAUGGUGGUACCACAUGCCGGUGGCGAUGGAAGCUGCAACCAGACCGUCUCCGACACAGGAAACCCCUCAUCAAUGGGCUGCGGUUUGGGCGCCAUACAGCCGCACAUAAACGCAGGCGGAGGUCAGGUGUACCAGCAGCAUAUCCACCAGGGCAUGCAGCAAGGGGUGUCCUCACACUCAGCCUACCAGGGGCCGCAGCACUUCCCAGAAAACCUGCCCUACACAGAUGGCAACAGCGCCAAUGCCGGCUCCAUGGCCUGCCUCUAUCAGAACUACCAGCAGGGGAUGUUGCAGCACUCGCAGUUUGGGGAGGAGCAACAGCCUCAAGGCGAAGGACUGCCAUCAGGUUCUGACAGGGGUUCCGGUGGAGGCCCAGAAGUAGUGGACGCCAUUUAUAGAGCUGUGGUAGACGCCGCCAGCAAGGGCAUGCAUGUUACCAUCACCACCACAGUUAGCGGGACCACACAGGCGAGUCCGGUGCCUGCCCUCAGUGCCAUGAGUGCCUUCACUGCCUCCAUAGGAGAACCGGUCAACCUCCCGCAAGCAGUUAGUGCAGUCCUGCAUGGGCACCAGGAAGGAGAGGCGUUAACCCAGCAAGCCAGACCCAGGCAUGUGAGGCCGGGACGUGGUCAGAAGACUAUGGAUCCGGGGAAGAGCACUCCAGAUGGUCCUGAGGCCAAUGACUACUUUCGUUCCCCUGGUCAUGGAACUCCAAGAGGACAGUGGGACGGGGAGACACAACACGGGGGAGGCUUCGACACUCACGGCAACAACAGCACCUGGGGAGGUGAGGAGUUUCUGGAGUGCUCUACACAAGUAAGAAGUAGUCCCUGCAUGGAGAGACCCGCAAGUCUGGCCUCUGCCCCACCUUGCCCUAUUGACGGAUCCAACGACCAUAGCCUGGCCAUUGGCCAUGAUAAGGUCUUUCUUGACGAUGGUUACCGGUUCAACAACUGCAGCCGGACUCCUGCUAACUACAAGGAACGCCUGGAGCAGACGGUGGAACGCUGCGCCCACAUCAAUGGCACCACCCCCCAUUUUAACACUCGGGUUUACGGAGAAGUUCUGGGCCCCCCACGGCAGGAGCUGACGGGGGACGACCAGUCGCCCAGUUCCUCCACUAGCCUCGAGGGACCUCUGGCCACACCCAAAGACUAUAGCCACUACAAUGGCCACUUUAAUGGUAUGGCGCCCAGCCCUUCAGACACAAAGAGCCUGAGCAGCGAGGAGGACCUGCGGCAGCCAGACUCUCCCUCAUCAGAGCUGCUUCACUACCGGUCCAGGACCUUCAAUAUGGGAGAGCUGGUCUGGGGCCAGCUGAAGGGCUUCCCACCCUGGCCUGCCAAGUUGGCUGGGGACGAACAAGUGCACAGCGCUGCUAUGCAGCUGCGAGAGCAGGCCAAAGUAGAGCCAGAGAAGCUAAAAACACUAACUCAUGACUUGGAGGCGCUUGACCGAGCUGCCAAACGAGGCCUGAAACCGGGGAAACUGAAUAAUCACUUGGAAGCUGCUAUCCACGAGGCCAUGAGCGAGCUAGAUAAGAUGUCGGGCACGAUCCCGUCAAUGGAUCGUCAAGUGAAGCUCCCCAAGCCCAAGAGGAGGAAGAUAUCAAGAUAACAUUGAAUGUGUUGGCCCAAGAACGUCCACAAAGCCUUUGGAGACCUCUUCCAUGCAGCCUUGAUGCGAUCUGAGCUUCUAACAGGUGCUACACAUGGACUUUCAAGUGGUACAUCGAUGUUCCUUAAUAUCAACUUGACUUUUGACUGACCACAGAAGGUGCUGGAAAUUCCAAUCACCAAUACAGUUUUAACUGUAGAGAAAAAAUACAAAAAAAUCAACAACAAAAAAAAAGAAAAAAAAACAAAAACAUCAGAAACAGUUUCAAUUUGUCUACAGCUCACUGAAUUAACUAUUUUUUUCUAGUAUAAGAUAGUAAAAUAAAAUAAAAAGCUACAAGCAUUACCUUACAUAUUUAAGAAAAUAGACAGUCCAAAUAUUUCUGAUACAUUUUCAAUAUGUAUAUAGAUAAUCCUGUAAUUUCAUGCUAUUAAGAAUUGUAUGUAAAUAAUGUACGAUAUCAUGUACAAGCGUACCUAAUGCACAUUUUAUCUUUUAUUGUACAAAAACAAAGCAGAAGAAGUGUACCAAUGUCUUGGUUUCUAUUCAGAAGUGCGGCUGCAUACGGCCGCUUGCAUAGGAUAAAUAAGAAUACAGCCUAAAGCUUUUAUAUGAUGAACUCUAAGUCGUGCUGUUUUUCCUUUUUUGUUUGUUUUUGUAAGGGAACAGGCAGGAGUAUUUGAAUUCUCCAUUACAUCAGUCACUUCACGCUAGUUAAGUGUUGGUUUGUACUUGGGGAUAAAAAGAUAUCAAACAGAAUGAACUUUACCAGCAGGAAGUGUCAGACGGGUCAAUCUUCCUCCACUCCAGCAGCCGCCAGCGUCACACGAAAAUCCUGAUUUCUGGAGUUUUGAUUUUAAGAAAUAGUCUGGUUGGCUGGUGAAGUUUCGGAGCUGUCUACUUAAAAACAGUUUUAAGAAGGAAAACUCCACCCUCGGCUUAAUUUUUUAAGACGACAAUGACCCUGUACCGUUUAACGUGCACACAAACACACAGUCUGAACCUCUUCUCAGAUGUAUUUUUACUUCUCAUUAGUACAAAUUCAUGAUGAAACAUGCCUCAGACACUCUCCUGUUUAUGGAAGUAGUAGAAUUGAACUCGGAUAUUUUAGCCCAGAGUUUAGUUUGGGUGGAUUUUUCCUUUUGAAGCACGAGUCAGCGGCUGUAUUGUCAAUGUUUGAAACUUGGUUGCUGUGAUUAUGUUCUUAUACUUGUUUGUAACGUCAUUUUUUCCCCUCUCUUCCUCCCUCCGUGACUUGUCAUCUUUUUCACAACUAUAGCUUUAGGUAGAGUAACCAACCUCAGAGUCGGAGUCUAGAUUAUGAAAAGGAACGCUAAUUCCAUGAAAGCAUUUCUUGCAUCUAGGGGCCUUUUGUUUGUCUUGCUUGUUGAUGUAAAUUAUUUAUGUACAGUACUCCAUAUUUAUUUUAAGCUUUACAAAUAUGCUAGAUGGCAAUAAUACUACCAUGAGUUGAGAACUCAAGCCUUAUAUGUGUAUAUGUAUGUUUCUCAGUUUGUUUUUUUUUAACAGGUGAAUAGGUCUUGUAUCCAGAGGUGAUUACAAAUGUCAUAUUCCCUUUUUAUUUAAGAAAUGAGCAUUGCAGAUAACACUUAUUGUUUCGUUUUUUUUACAGCAAGGCUUUCAGAUUGCUUGUGUUACAGAUUGUGUCAUGGGGGUUCUUGGGUGAAAAUCAUGUUAUUUAUGGAUAUGAGCCUCCAAAAAAGCAGAUUUGGGGGUCGUAAAUGCAGUUCUAACACUACCGACUGAAAAUCAGUAACAGUACUGGGAACUCUGGAUCAACUCGUGUGAAACGGACGCACGCAAACGGCUGCUCUUCCAGAUCAAAACCAACCAAUAGCAAAGUGAAAUCACUACCGAAUUAUCAAGUGCAAUAAACUGAUCAAUGGCAAAGAUCAACUGCUUAGAAACUCUGCAUCUCUGAUUGUUUGAACCCUGUUCUUUACACAUCUGACUGUCAUUGUGCCUGUUUUCUCCUUUGAUGUGCUCAUCAAUGUGUCACUUUUGUUUUUUUCUUCAUGCCACAUGGAUUAGUGGAGUUCCUUUAGCCUUUUUAUGUUGAAGAAACAUCUGAUCCUCAUCUUAAACCUCCUAAAAAUUCCAAGCAAGUGUCAUAAGAAGAGAUUUCCCUCAGUAUUAGAAUUUUUGUCAAGGACCCGGCUAUUAUAAAUGUUCAAAUGCAAACAGCUUUAUGACCUCGAAGCCAAAUAAAACACUACAUAAUUUGAAAACUUGACCUUUUUUUUCCUCCCAGACGAUAAGAUGUUAAAACACUAAUACCAACUAAUUUUCAGCAUGCAGACAAGCUUUACAGCCAUCCUCACAUUCAGCUUUGAGUCAUUUUAGCAACUCUUUCUUUGUACGUGUUGAAAAAAAUCUGACAUCUGCAGAUUUACUGAAGACUGCAAAAAUCUGGUUUUUAAAUCCCUGUUUUUUCUGUGUGUAAUUGGGAGAUCGGGCAAAAAAACUUCCAGCUAUUUU